AUGGAGAAUAAUAACAACAAUAGCAAUAACAAUAUAACAACAAGUGGUGGUGGUGGUGUUAGUAGCAUUAGUAAUAGUAGUUCAACAACAACUACUUCAACAACUUCUAAUAAAUCAAGAAGCGAUGCUCCAAUUAUAAAACUUUCAAUAGAUUUAAUUAAAACAUAUAAAACAAUUAAUCAAGUAAGAGAAGAAACAGAGAGAAAAGAGCAUAUACCAAAGAAAAUCAGUAAUGAUCAAGUAGGUAAACAGCAUCAUCAAUCUAGCAGUGGAAGUGGAAGUAGCAGUAGCAGUAGCAGCAGUGGUAAUAACAAUGGAUUCGACGAUGAGAAUGGUGAUUAUAUAUUCAAAGAGAACGACGUCUUUGAAGAUAGAUAUGAAAUAAAAUCACAUCUAGGAAAGGGUUCAUUUGGUCAGGUUGUUAAAGCAUAUGACAGCAGAAUAUCAGAGGAAUACGUAGCAAUUAAGAUUAUAAAGAAUAAAACACCAUUUUACAAUCAGGCAUUGAUUGAGGUCGGACUGUUAGAAUCAAUGAAUAAGAAAGAUCCAGAUGAUCAAUAUAAAAUUGGACAUCUCUGUUUGGUGACAGAGCUGCUAUCGUUCAAUCUAUAUGACCUAUUGAGAAAUACACAGUUCUUGGGUGUCUCGUUGAACUUGAUCAAGAAAUUUGCACAUCAGAUUCUGACGGCACUCUACUUUAUGUCGACAUCGGAGGUAGAUGUCAUUCACUGCGAUUUGAAACCAGAGAAUAUAUUACUUAGAAAUCCAAAGCGUAGUGCCAUCAAGAUUAUUGAUUUCGGUGAGUUCUUUAGAUUCUAUAGAUCACCAGAGAUCAUUUUGGAAUUAGAGUAUUCUUUUGCAAUCGAUAUGUGGAGUCUUGGAUGUAUUCUAGUGGAGAUGCAUUGUGGAGAACCGUUGUUUGCUGGUCAGAACGAACUGGAUCAACUGACGAGAAUCGUUGAAGUUUUGGAUAUGCCACCUGUAUAUAUGAUCGAAAAGAGUCCGAAACUCAAGAAAUUCUUUACACUCACUCCCAAUGAUCCAAUACACAAAUAUCAACUUAGAAGAACAGAUCGAUUAAAAGAGUUUCAACCAAAGAGUUUAUCAGAUAUAAUAGGUGUCGAUAAAGGUGGUCCUCAUGGAAGAAGAAAAGGAGAAGCAGGUCACUCACUAUCUGAUUAUCUAAAGUUUCAAAAUCUAAUAGAGAAAAUGUUAAUAUAUGAUCCGAAUAAAAGAAUUACACCUUUGGAAGCACUACAACAUCCAUUCUUUUUAUCUUCAAAUGAUUUGGAGAUUAGUAAUAGCAAUAGUAAUACACGACGACAAAACGAAUCAUCAUCAUCAUCAUCAUCUACAAGUGUUGGCACAGCUACAACAUCAUCAUCAUCUUCAAAUAAUAAUAAUAAUAAUAUAUUACCACCAAUUUCAUCUUUACCUUUACAACAACAACCACAACAACAACAACAACAACUAUCAACCACUUCAUUACCAGCAACACAUCACCAUACAAAUAAUAGUAGUAGUGUAAAUGGUGUUGCACAUUCAUUGUCACAACCUAAUUUAUCAAGUACGACAUCAUCGUUAUCAUCGACCUCAUCCUCCUCCUCCUCAUCAUCAUCAUCAAAUAUAGAAAACAGUAAAAGAAAUAUACAUUAUUCGCCAGUUAGUCACAAUCAUAUUGAAUCAUCGAAAGCAGCUGCACCGGCAACCACACUUUCACCUCAUCUCUCAUCGGCAUCUUUAGUAUCACAUUCACCACAACUUCCACAUCAUCAUCUACACCAUCAUAUACAACAACAACAACAACAACAACAACAACAACAACAACAACACCAUCUUCACCAACAGCAUUAUAGUAAUAAAUCAACUAUAUUAGAUAACAACAACAAUAAUAUUUAUAACCAUAAUAACAAUUAUAUAAACAGUAGUAGUAAUAGUAGUAGUAGUUAUAACAACAAUAAUGAAUGUAAUAACAACAGCAACAAUACAUCAACAACAUCAAAACAACAACAAAAUAUCUUUGAAGAUAACAAUUAA